AUGAUCUGCAGAAUUUUUCCUUGUAUUUUGAUAGUAGCAAUAUCAAUUGUGAGCGCCGAUUAUUCUUGUCCGGAACCGACUCGGGAAUUGAAACUCUCGAUUCAUGAUCCUGAUGUGGUGCGAUUCGCACAAGACGCUUGGAAUGAAUUCAAAAAGUAUAGAUCUGACUGCGGACACCCCCUCAGCCAAACUGAAAUCAGCUGGGCUGCAGUAUUGGUUGUCGCUCACGAAAGGAGAUACACCAUAGUAGCAUCUUAUAGGUUUGAUGAUUCAGUACCUUAUGAGUUUGAGUGUCUCAUACUUGUUCAGACAGAAAGGUCUGAUCCCCUCUUAGUGGCUUGCAGCAAAAUUGAGACCAUAAAUAAUAAAUUGGUCUACAAUAAGGCACUUACAGAUGUAAUGACAUACAUGCAAAGAAUUCUUCACGUAGAUUCAUGA